UUCUCAGUCAGUUGCUCCCGCUCCCACUCCCACUUCCGCUCCAGCUCCAGCCCUUUCCCUUCUCUCUUCUCUCUAGACUCGAUUGAAGCCCUUUGACUUUUCUCUCUAUACUCGAUUGAAGGGCUGAGGUUUCUCUUUUCGAUUCUUGAGAAAUGAUAUAUUUGGAAUUCUUUGAGAGACUAGGGAUUCUUUGGGAGAUUAGGGCUAGAGGAUCAAUUCUAUCGGAUCUGAGAGUAGUGUAGGAAUUUAUAUUCUUUUUGGGGUUUGAUUUUUGGUUGAAUCGAGAUUUUCUUUUCUUCUUCUUCUUAUUAUUAUUAUUUAUUUUUACUAUUGUAUAUUUUAUGGGUCUCUGUUUUUCAGAAAUUAACAUAUCACGAAAGAGAAUCAGGAGGUUUUGGGUUUUUUAUUUUUUCAUUUUUCUUGUAGUUUGAUUAUGGGAAAUUAUAUUUUCAGUUUGCUUCGUUUUGAUGGGUUACAAUUGUUUUCUUAGGGGUAGGAUUUGAUUAUUGGGUUUUGUCUUGAAAUGAAUUUUUGAUCGAUUUUUUUACUAGCGAUCGACAACUGUAUCUGAUCUUUCUUUUCUUUCUUUUCUUUCUUUUUAAAUAAAAAUUAUUAUUCUUUUAUUUUUUAUCUCUCUCUCUCUCUCUCUCUCUCUCUUUUCAGUUCUUUUGAUUGUUGGGGUUUUUGGUUUCUUAUCAAGGUAAAUUGUUUUGUUUACAAUCUAUUUAAGUUCGUGCUGAGAUUGAUAUUAGAGAGAGAAGGGAAAUCAGAGCUUGCAGUGCGAGUCGACUUUGGAUUCUGCAAUUUUGUUUAGUUUUAUUCAUUCAGGGCCUUGUCUCUGUUUGGAGGUUUUUGAAUAAUUGACCUGGAUUGUUGAGGGAUUGGGUCCAAGCAGAUGUCUCACACAAUAACCAAUGAUAGCGAUAACGGCCAUCAAAAUGAUUUAGCAUCAAUUGAAGAAGCUGGCUGCAAAGGAGGUUCAGGAGGAGGGGUCAUUUUGAAAAAAGGGCCUUGGACUGCUGCAGAAGAUGCAAUCUUGGUGGAAUACGUUAAAAAGCAUGGAGAGGGGAAUUGGAAUGCCGUCCAGAAGCACUCAGGGCUGCAUCGUUGUGGCAAAAGCUGCCGUUUACGAUGGGCAAAUCACCUAAGGCCGAAUUUGAAGAAGGGUGCUUUCACAGCAGAAGAAGAAAAUCAGAUCGUUAAACUCCAUGCCCAAAUGGGAAACAAGUGGGCACGGAUGGCUGCACAGUUGCCUGGGCGUACUGACAAUGAGAUAAAGAAUUACUGGAACACUCGAGUCAAGAGGCGGCAGCGUGCUGGUUUGCCGCUUUACCCUCCUGGUCUUUGUUUGCAAGCCAAUGAGGGUCAGCAGAAUCAGAACCUUAGCGAAUUCGAUGGUGGUGAUGCACAGCAUCAAGAACUCUUUCAGGCAGACAAUUUUGACAUUCCUGUUGUUGUGUUCGAUAAUUUGAAAGCUAAUCAAGGGGCCCUUUCUUAUUCCCCUCCUCUUCCCAAUAUCUCUCUGAGUAGUAGCAUGCUGAGUCAGGGGCUGCAAUCGUCUCAAAAUUACAGCUUCAUGGUGCCAAUAGCGCAUCGUGAGAAGCGACGUCGAGAAUCAGAAUCCUGGUUUCCAAGUUCUUUCAGUAGUGAUGCCUAUGAGAAGCUCCAUCAGGCCUUUGAGUUGGCUCUUCCCUACGAUCCUGACCCCAUCAGCAAGAAUCCAGCACCCUUUGAGGGUGUAAUGACAGGCAGCCAUGCCCCUUUAAAUGGCAAUUUCUCUACUUCUAAGCCUUUCCCUGGGGCUGAGAAGUUGGAGCUCCCUUCACUCCAAUAUCUAGAAUCCAACAUUGGCAUCUUGGACACUUGUCAUACCCUGUCACCUCAUCUUGAGAAUGCCGAUCCUUAUGUCCAGUUGUCUCCGCCAGCCAUGCAAACCCAAUCUGAUUGCCUUUCGUCUCAGAACAGCGGUCUUCUAGAAGCAUUAGUUCAUGAGUCAUGCAGAAGUGCAAAGAAUCAGCCGUCGAUCUUGCAUUCAUCUGGUGUUAUGACGACCGAUUUAGUAUACAGCUCAGUUUGUAAUCCAUGCAAGACAGAAUGGGAAGACGUGCAUGGUGACCCAAUCUCUCAGUUGGGCCAUUCUCCCGUAUCAGUCUUCAAUUCAUCCACUCCUAUCAGCGGCAGCCCAUUGGAUGAUUUCGCACCUGGUAAUGCAUUGCCUAGCACAGACUCCAUGACAGAAGCAGCUGAGCAUGUUUCGACCCUGGACAGGGGACAUGAGGGUGUCCCUAAGUUGAAUUUUUCAAGGCCCGAUGCUUUACUUGACGGGGAUUGGAUUGAGCACUUCUCCAUGAUCACAGACAGCAUGAUGACAAUGCAAACGAGCCAUUGCAGUGGUGACUUCAGCAGUGAUUGUUACAAGCACAUGGCUGAUGGAGCUAAUACAUAUAGUCAGCCCCAUUGCAGUGGUGAUUUCAGCAGUGAUUGUUACAAGCACAUGUCUGCUGGAACUAGUACAUAUACUCAGCUAUGGGGGCCUGUCUAGUUCCCGUGGAACAAUGUUUCUGCCAUCUCAUGUCAAAGAUUUUUUUAUUUCUUGCAGUUGGUUUAUUUAGAAAGGCAGCUCGCAAGCAACUCGUGCUUGUUUAUCUAACUGCCAGAACCACGUAUACAGAGGUACUGUUGCUAAAGUCGGAUUUUUCAUUACAAUUGCUGAAUAAUGUCGCACUCUUGAUGAGAGACAUCACACCAUCAAAUGGUUUCAAUUAUUUUUGGUAGUAUUCUUCACAUAACUGUAAAUUAAAGUUAGCGAUUUGUUUGGAUGCACAAUCAAUUUUAUUUUCUUUUUUACUGUUAAAUUGAGUUGAACUUAAUUCA